GAUUCCUGCCAGGCCUCCGCCCAGCCUCCAAGGUUGUCGAGGAGGAAGAGGAGGAGGAGGAGGCGUCCGACAACGACGCCAGCCCAUACAGUGCCGAGUUCUGGGAUGAUCUGGGGCCACUUACCACCACCGAAGAGACGACGGACGUCACCAAG